AUGACUUCUGUAAAGGAGCAAGCAGCCAUCAGCCGGCUCUUAAGUUUUUUGCAGGAGUGGGACAAUGCGGGCAAAGGCACGAGGACUCAGAUUCUCACCAAUUUCAUUGAAGCCAACAAAGGCAAGACUGGCCCUGAAUUGGAGCUGGAGUUUUCCCAGGGAGCCAGCUUGUUCCUGAUUCGCUUGACUACCUGGCUUAGAAUCACAUAUCCUUUGCUGAGUUGUUAUAUGACUGGCUUCAGUUUAGAAAAGAUCCUGAGGUCCAUUGGCAUCUUCUUAUCUGCCGUGAGCAGCAAUCAGUACCUGAUAGAAUUUCUUGAGAUUGGAGGUGUCCUAACACUCUUAGAAAUACUUGGCCUAGAGAAAAUCAAGGAAGAGGACAAAAAGGAAUCUGUCAAACUACUUCAGAUUAUUGCAAGCAAUGGCAGGAAAUACAAAGAACUUAUCUGUGAAAGUUAUGGUGUGCGAUCCAUAGCAGAAUUUCUGGCAAAAUCUAAGUCAGAAGAGACCCAGGAGGAAGUUCAGGUUCUGUUGGAUGCUUUGGUCCAUGGAAAUCCCAAGUACCAGAACCAAGUAUAUAAAGGUCUAAUAGCUUUAUUGCCCUGCUCGUCCCCAAAAGCUCAGCAGCUGGCCCUGCAGACACUGAGGACUGCCCAGUCAAUCAUUGGAGCAAGUCACCCCAGCAUCGUGGACUGUGUGCUGAAGGUCCUGGGCACAAUGCACCUGGAAGUCCAGUAUGAAGCCAUCGAGUUGAUAAAGGACCUGGUCCACUGCGAUGUGCGCUUGCCGCUGCUCAAGGGUCUCGUGGCACUGCUUAUCCCUUCGAUCAAGGAAACCUCCAAACUGCAGGCCAAGAUCUUCACGGACUCCACAGUUCCCCAGCUCACCGCACACCUGCCAGUGUUCCUGCAGCAGGCUGCAGCUGCCAAAACCCUUGGGAUCCUGGCCCGCAGCAGCUUGGGUCUCGCAGAGGAGCUGUUGCACUUUCGUGUGGUGCACAGCCUGAUGACUGCCAUGGGCAACACCGACCACAGCAAUAGCCAGAGGCUGGCCAGCCUCACACUGCAGUUCUUUGUGCAGACGUUCCCAUUGGUGGAGGAACAUGUCAGAAAGUCCAUGGGGGAAGAACUCUACCAGCUCUUCCUUGACAACGCUGAAAUCUUGUACGCUAAAAUAGAUAGCAUUCAGGCGGACAUCUUGGCAGCCAACAAGGUCAAUGUUACCAAAGAGUUACUCCUCCUUAGCGGUUCCAACAGCAGCUCCAGCUUUUCCCUGGGCCCUGGUGAUCUGAAUCAGGUGGAGUGCAUCACACACUUGGAGAAAGAUAUUACAGAAUCAAAGGAGUGACAAGCCCCCGCGGCAACCUCGAAACCCACCAGAAGGAAGGAGUCAAAGACAGUCCCACUUGGCCCUGGUGGGAAGCUGGGAAUUAGAAAAUGCAGCAGGGAAGAGAACGAGCGAGCGACUGCCUG